CGUUGCACUAGUUCAAGCCUGUUUUGCUAGCCACUAGGCUAGUGCGCUUUAUAUCGCAGUAUGGAACACGCCUCUUCCAAAAUAGUUACAACCUUCGAUGGACACAAGAAACUGGCCUCUUACAAUGCUGUGCAAGGUUGUGUUGUCAUUCAGUCGAUCAGAGAGGAGGAAGAAUACAUGCAGCACCUAGAUAAAAUUAUUCAGCGUGAUUAUUUUCCCGAUCUGGCUGGCACACAAGAAUCUGGCACAGGCAUUGUCAACUCGGAUACUUCGGUCCCGGAUACUUGGAGGGAAAAUGAGUCAAGAAAUCCGGAAAAGGGUUUGUUUUCUUUCUUAAGCUACUCCAACAUACAAAUACUUUUAGCGGAUCCUACAGCCGUAACACUGGACAAGUAUCUAGCCAACAAUACCACCGAAGACGACGCAUCAUUUGUGGAACUGAUUGAGGAAACCGAGAAAAAACAGCGGAUCAAACUAUCCUCGUUCUUCCCUUCUCUCGAAGCACCCUCAGAUUUGGUGACCAACGAACCGAAACCACUAGCUCUCCCUGACGGUGCACAUUUCCAAGUUGGACCGCGUUUGACGCUGACUGGUAACAACGCAGUGCAUUUCAAUCCAGAUGGUGUUGCACAAACCCAGGACGAAUUUUUGGACCACUUAGCUAGAGAGCGUAAAAUAGUACCGGCAAAUACCCGAUUCAAGCGACCGUUAUCCGUAACCAUGGCAAAACGAACAUUAUCCAAACAAAUGUUACUUCAAAGAAUCGGUUUAGACGGAAAGGAGCUUAAUCCAGCACUGGGCACACCACAAGUUGGGGGUUUCAAAUUCAUGGACACGUCUCCUUCGCCAGCCCUGUCAGCCCUGGGUGCCUCACCCCUAAUGACGUGGGGUCAACUAGACUCAACACCCGCACGGUUGGAUGACGGCUCUGCCACACCCUCAGUAAUGUCUGGAGUGCCCGCUUUCCAUAUUCCAUCGCCAUCCAAACGGGAACAACUCGCACACAAGCUAGCUGACAAAGCCAGUCGCCAGCGUACGCGUGAUCGGAACGAAGCCGUUAAACGUGUACAUUCUGGAAUAUCAAGUCCCUCACUAUCGCUACUUUCUCCGGCUGCACGUCGCCUGCUUGCCACCAGUUCAGGUCGUGCUGGUUCAUCAUCGCGUCCGGGAACAGGAUCUAGUGCUAUCAGUUUUAUCCAGUCCCCAAUGGCAAAGUCAUUCACCCCGCGCCGAUUGGCUUCCGAUUUGGUGGUGGUUCGACGUCCUACAUCAGGCCGAACCACAGGUGUGUGCCAAUCGCCUGCCGUCGCUGCCGACACCGCAAAGAAAAUACCUCCUACUCACUCAGAUGAAUCUGUUGCCUUGAAAGUUAUCAGUCCAUCCAAUGAAGGGAGUCGUCCUCCGAAUCAGUCGAUUACCGAUAAUUUGUUAAACUUGCGCCCACAGACAUUGCAUUCACAGACACCUACUCAUAACGGUUGAACACCUUUCCCCACGUUUUCAUUGUACACAUAUUCCAUGUAUCCUCCAUCAGUUUGCCUCUGAGACGUGUGCCUCUGAGCUCUGUGAUUCCAAUGAUUCUAGUGAAGACUUACUCCUACGAGUUACUUUUUCUUGCAACAUUGUGUACGCUUGUAUGUCACUUACCCAGCUUUUACAGAAAUUUACUUAAUGGCAGAACUGGAG